UCUUGCUCAUAUCAUAUAAGUUACACAAACCUUACUCUUGCCGUUUUUUUCUCUGUUCCCGAUCUUCCACAGGGGGAAUAGUAUCUGAGAAACUGCCAAAAUGAGUAAGCUCCAGAGUGAAGCCGUGAGAGAGGCGAUAUCCUCCAUCAUCACUCAUUGCAAGGAGACAAAGCCACGCAAGUUCACUGAGACCAUCGAACUCCAGAUUGGUCUUAAGAACUAUGACCCACAAAAGGACAAGCGGUUUAGCGGAUCCGUUAAGUUGCCUCACAUUCCGAGGCCCAAGAUGAAGAUUUGCAUGCUCGGUGACGCUCAGCACGUUGAAGAGGCUGAGAAGAUUGGGUUAGACUCUAUGGAUGUUGAAGCUCUUAAGAAGUUGAACAAGAACAAGAAACUUGUUAAGAAGCUCGCCAAGAAGUUCCAUGCUUUCCUUGCUUCUGAAUCUGUCAUUAAGCAGAUUCCUCGUCUUCUUGGUCCUGGUCUCAACAAGGCAGGAAAGUUCCCAACUCUUGUUAGCCACCAAGAGUCUUUGGAAGCCAAGGUGAAUGAGACAAAGGCAACAGUUAAGUUCCAGCUGAAGAAGGUUCUGUGCAUGGGUGUCGCUGUUGGGAAUCUCGGCAUGGAAGAGAAGCAGAUCUUUCAGAACGUUCAGAUGAGCGUCAACUUCCUUGUUUCGCUCUUGAAGAAGAACUGGCAAAACGUGAGGUGCUUGUACUUGAAGAGCACAAUGGGUCCACCAAACCGUGUUUUCUAAGAUGUUCUUAUUCUCUGAAGGUGUCGUCAGCAGACGGAUAGAAAAGUUGAUUUUCUUUUCAGUCAUGAGCCUUCUUCUUCUUGGAUUAGUUCCUGAAUCUUUACUUUGUAGGAUCAAGAUUUUGUUGAAAGACAGUUUUGUUUCUGUUAUUAUUAGUGGGAUUUUCUCUAUUUUAA